AUGUCCGGCUUCGAAGUGGUCGGGCUGAUACUAGGGUUGUAUCCGCUCGUCGUCGAUGCCGUUGACUAUUGCAGAAGAUUCAGAUCCGGCGAGGUCAUCCAUGAUCUGCUGGAAGAGGUUCGCGCCGAGAAAGUCAUCUUCUGUAACUGGAUCCAACAUCUUUGUAUCUCCCAGCUUUCAGGGACUGAUCUACAGGGCAUCUUGGACAAUAAUUCAGAGACAUUCGGGCUAUGGAAGAAUGACGGGUUUCUGACGAGCCUGAUGGCGUCGCGCGACAUGGAAUCCACCAGGUCGAUUGCCGCAACUCUGAUCGACAUCCACGCCGAGCUGCAACACAUUCAUCAAUAUUUGGAGAGGAUCAAGCCAGGUCGCGUCGACAGGAUGGCCAACCUCAAAGCUCAGAUCCUUGCGCUGGGGUCGGGUCUAGACAGCUCAGGACUCAAGAGGCGAGUGAGAAAGAUCCAUCAGCUUAAUGAGAGGCUACGCCGGGUGAUGGAUUCCUCCCCCGAGCGAAGAUACCCUCAAGGGCCAUUGCCAGUGCCCACCCUGACGAGUGCCUCAUGCUCGACCUUUGCCACGGGGGUUUUUCGAGCAGUCGAAAGUCAUUUUCGUUGCUCUUGCCAACGUUCCCAUCCCACGAAAUUGCAGCUCCCCUUGAUCAGGCAGCAAGAACAUCAAAAUGCUCCAGCUCGAAGGGCGGGACUGCAGCUUUUGUUUUCCGUCAACGACGACGCCUCUUCCGUCAAGUACGACAGUGCUCAGUCGAUUUCAGCUACCAUUAGCAACGUAUCUCUUUCGGGCGAGACGUCCGUCUCCUCCUUGAAAUCGCAACCUACUGAGAACGAGCACUCUCAGGGAGACUAUCCGCUUUCAUCUGUGCGGAGCAACAACUCUCUCAACAGCUCUGUUACGCUGGUGUUCAGUCCCAAAUGUUAUUCCGUGUCGGUGAUCGAAUGUGAAGGAGGGAGGGGUGAUGAGAUCACGGACCUAUGCUCGUCCUUUCGAUCGCUUGAGCAGGAAUCCGAUAGUCUCCUCAAAAGGCCGAGUCUAGGAUACUUGCGAGCGCCUGAUGAUGUUAGUUAUGAGCUUCGGUCUCCAAAGCCCAUCACCGAGGGAGACUCACGGUGCAUUCUGUCGCUGGAAGAUUUGUUUUCUGGAGACCACACCAAACUAGCACGUCGACAUCGGCUCGGCCUGGCACUUCGGUUGGCAUGCGGUAUUACUCAACUGCUUCAGACUCCCUGGAUUCGCGCAAAUUGGACGUGGGGUGACUUUUCCGUGAUGACCGAUCGACAGCAAGGUCUCAUCGAUGACAGUCUGUUCGUUACGAAACAGUUUCAGUCCUUCGGAGGGCCUCAUCAACCAAGUGUGCCCAGCGGAAAGACAGCCUCUCAGUAUCUCGGCAUAGCUCUACCUGAGCCAAUUCUCGCUCGCCUUGGCUAUGCAUUGAUAGAACUGGCCUCCGGCAAACGUCUUGCGAGUCUGCAGGAUUCAAAUGGCCCAACAAGCUCAGACCGAGAUUUGCAAGAUCUCUUACUUGCUCGUCACCUCCUAGAUACGGGUUUCGUGGUCGACCACGAGUGUCAGGCUUACAGCAACGUCGUCCAUGCUUGUCUGUACCAAAUGGUAAAGGGAGCAGGAGGCUUUGGCGCAAAGAAGCUGAAAUCCCAGGACCCGUCUUUUGAGAGAGAUAUGACUCGAGCCAUUGUGCAGCCUCUUUACAAUCUUUGCAGCAACUCAUGGGGAGGUCCAUUAGUAGCCGUGACAGCAUUCUAA